CGCUUUGGCGGAACAUAGUUAGCAUGAUUGGGUGUGCUAGCGUAGUUCGAGCUGAGUGAAGAUGUUAGGAAAAUGUAAAUAAGAGAAAAGGCUUCAGAGUUUAGUUCUCUCUUCUUUGACUCUACGAUCUGUGGAAAAUGUCCAGAUUUCAGGAACUUAAAGAUUUAUUCAAACAGCGGCUGAUAAAUGCGGCUCGCGGUGAUCUGUUUGGACAUUUCGAGAGAUCGAUAUCUGGAGUUGUAAAGGAGAUCGAUCACAAACGGAAACUGUUGGAUUUGGUCUUAAACCCCGACAUGAAGCUGCAGAGAGCAGACAUCCAGCAGCUGUUGGAGAGUAAAGAAGAGGUUCCCCCUGAGCAGCAGGAGAGGAGCUCCAGUCUGGACCAGGAGGACCCAGAGCCCCCACACAUUAAAGAGGAACAGGAGGAACUCUGGACCAGUCAGGAGGGAGAGCAACUUCAAGGGCUGGAGGAGGCUGAUAUCACCAAGUUCACAUUCAGUCCUGUCCCUGUGAAGAGUGAAGAUGAUGAAGAGAAACCUCAGUCCUCACAGCUUCAUCAAAGACAAACUGAACAGAUGGAAACACAAGCUGAUGGAGAGGACUGUGGAGGAUCAGAACCAGCCAGGAACUCACAUCCAGAUGGACAUUUACAACCAGACACUGAUGACAAGGAUUCUAACCUUUCUGGAACUGAGAGUGAUGACUGUGAUAAAUACUGGAAGGAUCCCGACAGCCGAUCAUUUCACUGCUCUGUGUGUGGUAAAACAUUUGCAAUGAGGGGACAUUUGAACGUACACAUGAGAACUCAUACAGGGAAAAAGCCCUAUAGUUGCUCCGUGUGUGGUAAAUGUUUUGUACAAAAAUCAGGUCUGGACUACCACCUGAAAAUUCAUACAGGAGAGAAACCAUUCAGUUGCUCAGUUUGUGGUAAAUCUUUUACUCAGAAAUCAGGUCUGGACUACCACCUGAAAACACACACAGGAGAGAAACCAUUCAGUUGCUCAGUUUGUGGUAAAAAGUUUGCACACAAAGGAACUCUAAACUACCACAUGGCAACUCAUACGGGGGAGAAACAAUUCAGUUGCAGCGUUUGUAAUAAAAGAUUCAGAGCAAAGACACACCUCAAAAUCCACAAGUGUGUCGGUGAGUUUUCACAACGUUACCUUGAGAAACACAAGAAACCACUGAACUGUUCUGAGUGUGAUGAAACAUUUCCUAACAAUUACCUCCUGAAAACCCACAUGAGAAUGCAUAAAGGAAAGAAACUAUUUCCUUGCUCGGUUUGUGGUCAAAAAUGGCAGUUUAGGUCUCACUUGGAGGUGCACAUGAGAACCCACACAGGAGAGAAACCGUACAGUUGCCCUGUAUGUGGUAAAAAAUUUACACAAAAAGGAAUUAUGGUGCAACACAUGGCAGUCCACUCAGAGGUGAAACCGUUCAGCUGCAGUGACUGUGGUAAAAGAUUCUCUUGGCAUUAUCAGAUCAAAAAACACAAGUGUUGUCGCAAGUUCUGGCAGCCAGGUCAGAUGUACUUCAAUGGAAAGGGCUGCGCAGGAUCAAAACCAGAUACUUACACAAAGACUAAAGUGUCCUUUGAAACCGAUGACACUGUUGACAUUGAUUUUUGGAAAGAGACCAGGCAACAUCAGUUAGGCGUCACUUAUCAGAGAAAUAAAAAAGUAUCUGUAAGUGAUAAAGGAUGUAAAACUGAUAAGAAAACAUCUAGCAGCUCCGUGUGUAAUAACAGAUCUGAAGACAGCCGUACAGGUGAGAAACCGUUUUGUUGCUUGUUUUGUGGGAAAGGAUUCGCGACAGCAGGAUAUCUGACAAGACACAUAUCUAUCCAUACUGGAGAAAAACUGCACAAUUGCAUCAUUUGUGAGAAAAGAUUCACUUCGGAGUCGGAGCUCAUAAGCCACGAGUGUGAUGGUGAGUCCUCACAGCUUUAUCAAAGCCAAACUGAGGAACAGAUCACUGCCAGAGGUGAAAGCUUAAGUUACCACAUGGCAUGUCACUCAGAGGAAAAGCCUUCCCGCUGUUCAGUUUGUAACAAAGGUUUUAGCUCGAGUGAGGCGUUAGUCAAACACAUGAGAAUCCACACCGGACAAACUCAGUUUAGUUGCUUGAUUUGUGAUAAAAGAUUCGCAUGGAGAAGGAAUCUGACAAAACACAUGGAAGUCCACGCAAAGGAGAAAAACUACAUUUGCAAUGUCUGUGACGAAAGAUUCACUUGGCAUCAUCAGCUCAAUGAACAUAAGUGUGUCGGUGAGUCCUCACAGCUUCAUCCAAGUCAGACUGAGUGGAACAGAGAGGCAGAACCUCCGGCCAGCAGCUCAGCUGAACAGAUGGAAGCUGAUGGACAGAACUGUGGAGGAUCAGAACCGGAUCCAGAUAGACAUUUACAACCAGAUACUGAUGACAGCGCUGACAGUGAUUUUUGGAAGGACACCAGGAAACACUGCUCUGAUGACAAGGAAUCUUUUAAGAGCAACGACUGUGAUAUUUGGAAAGAGAGCACACAACAAAAACAACCAAAAAGUCUGAGCCAGUACAUGUCCGUACAUAUGGAGGUAAAAAGGGAGGCAAAGCAGGAGGACCCAGAGCCUCCACACAUUAAAGAGGAACAAGAGGAUUUCUGGACUAAUCAGGAGGAAGAGCAGCUUCCUCUGGCCAGCAGAUCAGCCGGAGAGAUGAAAACAGAAGCUGAUGGAUCAGAACCAGCCAGGAACUCGCAUCCAGAUAGACAUUUACAACCUGAUACUGACGACAGUGCUGACAGUGAUUUCUGGAAGGAGACCAGAGAACCACAAUUAAAUUCUUUGAAAAAUAAUGACAUCUCUGAAAGUAUAAUGGGAUGUAAUCCAGUAAAUAAACCAUAUAGCUGCCCUGAGUGUGGCAAAAGAUUUCACCAGAAUUGCCAUAUGAAUAACCACAGGAGAUCUCAUACGGGAGAGGGCUCGUUUACAUGCUCAGUUUGUGGUAAAAAAUGUCCUUACAAGUCCCAUCUGCAGAUCCACAUGAGGACUCAUACAGGAGAGAAACCAUUCACUUGCCCAAUCUGUGGUCAAAGAUAUGCACAUAAGGGAACUAUGCAAUCACACAUGGCCGUCCACGCUAUGGAAAAACAAUACAGCUGCAAUAUUUGUUACAAAAGUUUUGCUUGGUAUACAGAGCUGAAAUACCAUCAGUGUGUCGGUUAGUCCAUACAGGAGAGAAAACAUGACGUUGCAGAAGAGGAAUCUGAAACACAUGAUUGACACUACAAACAGGAGAAGGCAAAAGAUUCAAUCAGCAGGUCAGUUGUGUUGAGAGCAGUGGCAGUAAAUGAAGCUGUAGAGCUAAACACUUGCAGCAAUAAAUCUCCAGUCAUGUUUUAUCUGUUAGUAGUAAUGGUUACACCUUCCUCGGACUUUCAGCAUUGUAACAUUAACUCGGUGGACCUUGUGGAUUACAAAUACAGAGGAAGGUUCAUGUGAUUUCCGGUGGUUCAUUUGCAGAUGAGAAUAAAAUUAAAACUCGAAAA